GCGGCGACGGCGGCCCAGUGACAGCGGCGGCGGUGCCAGACCCGCCGAGGGUUUCGUGGCCGGGAAACGCAGAACCGGCCAAAGAGUGGCGCGACACGAAGAAGACCGGACUAGGGCUGCGCUUGAGGGGACCUCGCAGGCGCCGAGCGAGAGGCCGGCGUGAGGGAGCGCGGAGGCAGUGUUCGCCGGCGUACCUGAUCUGCCGGUCUCCGCGCCCGCCGCCGGCAUGAGCCACAUCCAGAUCCCACCGGGGCUCACGGAGCUGCUGCAGGGCUACACCGUGGAGGUGCUGCGGCAGCAACCGCCUGACCUCAUCGACUUCGCAGUAGACUACUUCACCCGCCAGCGGGAGGCCCGCGCCCAAGCCUCAGUCCCGCCUGCUGCCCCUCCUUCGGACUUCCACACGCCUGAGCCCGGCCCUGACACUGUCGCCGACGCGAACACAGAGAGCGACUCGGAGGACGACGCGGACUUGGAAGUUCCAGUUCCUAACAGAUUUAAUAGGCGAGUAUCAGUCUGUGCUGAGACCUAUAACCCUGAUGAGGAAGAGGAAGAUACUGAUCCAAGGGUGAUUCAUCCUAAAACUGAUGAACAGAGAUGCAGACUUCAGGAGGCUUGCAAAGAUAUUCUCCUUUUCAAAAAUCUUGAUCAGGAACAGCUUUCUCAAGUCCUCGAUGCCAUGUUUGAAAGGAUAGUCAAAGUUGAUGAGCAUGUCAUUGACCAAGGAGAUGAUGGAGACAACUUUUAUGUCAUAGAACGGGGAACCUAUGACAUUUUAGUAACAAAAGAUAAUCAGACCCGCUCUGUUGGUCAGUAUGACAACCGUGGCAGUUUUGGAGAACUGGCUCUGAUGUACAACACCCCAAGAGCUGCUACCAUUGUCGCCACCUCAGAAGGCUCCCUUUGGGGACUGGACCGGGUGACUUUUAGAAGAAUCAUAGUGAAAAACAAUGCAAAAAAGAGGAAGAUGUUUGAAUCAUUUAUUGAGUCUGUGCCCCUCCUUAAAUCACUAGAGGUGUCAGAACGAAUGAAGAUUGUGGAUGUAAUAGGAGAAAAGAUCUAUAAGGAUGGAGAACGCAUAAUCACCCAGGGUGAAAAGGCUGAUAGCUUUUACAUCAUAGAGUCUGGUGAAGUUAGCAUCUUGAUUAAAAGUAAGACUAAAACAAACAAGGAUGGUGGGAACCAGGAGGUCGAGAUUGCCCGCUGCCAUAAGGGGCAGUACUUUGGAGAACUUGCACUGGUCACCAACAAACCCAGAGCAGCUUCAGCUUAUGCAGUUGGAGAUGUCAAAUGCUUAGUUAUGGAUGUGCAAGCAUUUGAGAGGCUUCUGGGGCCCUGUAUGGACAUCAUGAAGAGGAACAUCUCACACUAUGAGGAACAGCUGGUGAAGUUGUUUGGCUCCAGCAUGGAUCUGAUUGACCCUGGGCAGUAGGUGUGUCACAUCCCAGAGCCUUCUCGGUGUGACAACAAAACCUUCUGGUUAGCCACAGAAAACAGACAUGACAGAACCGUUCCUGCUGUUGCCACCGCCACUGCCAUUGCUGUGGUUAUGGGCAUUUAGAAAACUUGAAAGUCAGCAUUAAAGGAUGGACAGAGGUUUGACCCACACCUCCACUUUGCUUCUGAAAGCCCAUUAUUAAGCCACUUGUAAUGAUUACUCCAACCCAGUUUUCGCAUCUUUGGUUCAGAAUGGCAUGUCUCUCCAACAAUUUAAGUGCCUGAUACAAAGUCCAGAGUGUAAAAUCCUCCUUUCCUGUCUUGCUGCUACUGUUGCUUUUGAAAGUUACCACGAGGUCUGCAGAAACUUGUCAUAUAACUGUAGAUACUCUCCUACAGUCUUUCUCAAGGGAGAAAAUGUACCCUUCACUCUUAUUUUGUCCUUUGAUAAAAUCUGCAUUUGUUCACAAUUGCAGCCUUUGGUUUUAUAAUGGAAAAUGGUGGCAAAUGUGAUGGAUGUCUGUGGUCCAGUGGCAUUGUACUGUCUGCUGAUAGCUAUACACAUUCAGCUAUCUCCAAACCCACAGUGAUGCUUAGGGAGAGGUCCUGACCAGGGCCCAGCAGAUCAGCACCCCAGAGUACACUGAUACAUCAGUGGGAUCCAUGUUAGAGCAGAAAAUUUGGGUUUGGCACAUUUUACCAGUAGUAGAGAGCCAGGAAAGGUUUUCUGGGUUGGGGAUUUGGGUCUUUUUUAUUUUUUAGGAGGUUUUGUUUGUUUUGUUUAAUCUCUGUGCAGUUUUUAUGAAUGAAUUGCUACCCAUUUAUUAGGAGCAAGGGUCUAGAGGUAUCAUCACCCAAAUAACUCUCCUGGGCAACCCCUGCCAUUUCUUAUUUCCAGUUGUCCCUACCAGCUAAUGGGCUGACAAGAGGUUAUACUACAAAAAGAGCCCUUUCCUUCUACUCCAGAGGUGUUGUAUAGCUUUCCUGUUGCACCCAUCAAUUUUAAAACUCUUUAGAGAAGCAACAGCUAUUUUUUGAAAUUAAAGAAAAUUAUUUCUCUAUUUAGGGAUUACCUCUUGGACAUAUUCAUAUAAAUGGAGCUUAUCAACUGACUCAGACAUUCAUCAUAAAGAUCAAUUCUCUGUUAGUUUUCAGCAAUUGGCAUCAUUUACAAUUUCAUAGAAUUACUGUACAGGCCUUUCUGAUUAAGAUGUUGGGAUAUUUGGGAUUCUAAUUGUUAAUCCCAAAAGAAGGUAAUUUAGCUGGUAUUUAUAACUUUUUUAACCUUUUAAUUAUAUCAGGUAGAAUUCUGAUGAAUUAUCCUAAUUAACUAGCUAUAUUAAAGAAUGAAAUUUUUUUCUCCGGAAUGACUUAGAAUGAGAUGCUACAGGGGAUCCUAGGAGCACUGUGAAACUUGCAUAAAGAUACAUUUAAAUAUUGUAGUCAAGUUUAUAUUAAAUCAAAAGGCUCUUUCCAAUAUGACUUUUUGUUUGUUUGUUUCUUUUUAACUUGUAUGACUCAAUAAUUCCUUAAGAGAUUAUUUGCUGGGGCUUGAGUUAUUCCUGUUGUGGAUAAUGAUGGAGCCCACAGUCACCUCCCAUCAUCCACAUAAGCUAGGGUCUCUGCUUUUGCCAUGGAUAGUGUGGCCAAGAGAUUUCCAGAGUGAAUAAUCCACCACAACCUUGGUAAUUCCUCCUUUUUUCUUGUGCUUUGUGAAGUGAAAGCAGAAGGACUCUUCCAGACUGCCUUAGGUAGCCUAUGUUGGAACUCUCAGAAUCGUGAAAGGUUACAACUAAUACUUCAAAAUAGGCAGCUAGCACUGGGGAAGCCUGUGUGGUGAUCCCACAUUUGAGGUUCUUUUUAAUGGUGUUGCUUUAUUAUCAAAUAAAUUCAGAAAGUAGGCUUUGCAUUUUAACGGACAAGAACCACACCUGUUUCUUGCAAAGGUAACAGGGACAUUGGGCUUCAGGAGUGACACAGAAGUCCAGCCCCAGACCUCAUGAGGACUCUAAACACUGAGCAGAUGUCCCCCUCCACCCACCACAUCAGCAUUAGUUAGGGCUGGCUGUGAAUACUGUGCCAGAGUCACUUGUACAGGCUGCUAGGAAUGGGCCUUCUCAUCCUGCCCUCUCACACAUCCCAGUCUAGUGUUCCCCUUCACAGAGCCCUCCUUGACACCUCUGACUCACUGAUGGUUACUGUUUUACAGAGUAGAAUUCAUCAAGUUUAAGUCCUCCUGCUCUCUAACUACUGAUUAACAUAUGGAUCAGUCCAGACCCUCACUACAUACAGGGCCUCUGGGUGGUCUAGCUUCAGAAGGGGAGAUUUUAAAGUGACCAGUGUGAAAGAAAUAGGUCAUUACCACAGUGCCAGGACCUGACAGUGUUCCAGUUCUCUUUGAAGCAUGGGAAAUCAAAGGUGAUAAACCAAGUUCAACUCGGGGCUGUGGUGUCCAUAUUGUGCCAGGCAAGCCCAGCACUGAUGGUUGAACCUCAUGGGGAAGAGCAUGUGUUGGGAGGAGAUCCCUUUAUUAACUGUUUUAUGUUGUUUUCUUCUAUAUGUUAGAGCUUCACACCCUCUUUUCUGUCUUUGUUGAUUUUGGAUGGUAGAGAAUAUCCCUGAAAGCCUUGAGGUCCAACCUGCAGUAUUGUCCUUACUUUGGGCCCCCAGUUUAUCCCACCCAUUCUCUUCUCUUGAUUCUCUGAAGGAAGGGUUCAUGUGCUCUUUUCAUCUUAGUCAAUAGUCUUCAUAUAUAAUUAUUUUAUAUAUAAUUGCUAUAGAUUCUCAGAAAUGAGGGUAGAGCUUUUCUUUGAGCAGUUUGAGUGAAUUCAGCAGCAAAGUGGCAAGAAAUAGUUUCCAGCCAGGAGGGGUUAUGUUCCUCCUCUGAUUGCCCAGAUUCUCUGCUCACAACAGUGGAAUAGUCAGUGAGAGGUGCUACUGGCACCCUGCACACACGUCAUUUCAUGUUAUAUCACAGUGUACAAACAAUCCUCUGUUUAGAAAAAGGGAAAGUAUUUUGCACAGAAAAAAAGGAAAAAGACCCAUGAAGGUCAUCUUUUAUCUUUUGUUUUCAGUUGGCUGAUGUUAGAAUUUUUGUUCUUGACUUGUACUUAUAAACCAACCUUGCCAAGGUACUAGUUGUUUGGUUUUUCACUAUGAUUACCUCUUUCUUCCUCCUGUCUCAACUGCUGACGUUCCUCAAUGAUUCUAAUGUCUAUUUUAUGGGAAGCAGCUUCCCCAUGGGUUUCCUUUUACACACUGCAGGGCUAUCUUUAUACUUUAAAAAAAAAAAAAAAAAAAGACAAAAACUGUCACUAACUUCGUGGGAGAUUUGCAGAAAACCAUUUAGCCCACCUUGAACUAUGGGUAGAUUCCUCAUUGUUUUUUUUAAGCUCAUUGUAAUAAAAGAAAUCUAAUUCAGCAUUAUUGUGCUACCUCAAAGGUAAAAAUGUUUUAAGGUCUUCUUUUGGUCCUGAGUUCUACACAUAGUGUUUGAAAUGUCUUUCAAUUUUAAUUAUUUUUAAUCAUUGGGGUGAAUCUUGUUUUAACCUGUUUUACACUUGUAUUUUAAUCUCAGAAGAAUAAGUGAUUGGAAAGCAAUCAAUUCUUGCUCUGUGACAUUGAACAUAUAAUUAAAAGACAUUAAGAAUUAAAUCAUUGUUUGCCAUAAGCAAGGCUGAUUUUUUUAAAAAGGAAACUCUAGGGCUCGGCUUCACUCUUGGUUAAUAAAGGCUGACAAAUCAUGUCUGAUUUUCUGGUACAA